CCCCCGCCCCCUUGUGCCAUGACCUCACCCAAGAAUUCCGUCCUACUACUCAUUGAGCAGACUUCUUCUGCAGGCAGCUCCCUCAGGUUUGCCAUCCGCUUCCAAAUUCCCUUUGAACGUCCAUUAAUAAGCGCUUUACCCCUGGCUGGCUCUUCUCCCAGCAGGCUGCACUGAUCCUCACUCUGGUCAAAUCACUGACAUCUAAGUGCAAUAUUAACAAUCGUCCUUCUAUUCGGUAAUUACGGUGACAUCCCAGGGCAUCAGUGCAAAGGAAACUUGGAAGCUUGAUUGGCGGAGAUCGGAGCGCUUGUAGCUGGACACAAUGGCAGGACUGAACUCAUUGGAAGCCGUGAAGAGGAAGAUCCAGGCUCUGCAGCAACAGGCAGACGAUGCUGAAGACAACGCGCAGACAUUGCAGAGGGAGCUGGACACAGAACGGGAGAUGCGUGAGAAAGCUGAAGGAGAAGUAGCCGCCUUGAAUCGGCGUAUCCAGUUAGUAGAAGAAGAGUUGGAUAGAGCUCAGGAACGUCUCGCUACAGCUUUACAGAAACUGGAAGAAGCAGAAAAGGCAGCUGAUGAGAGCGAGAGAGGUAUGAAGGUAAUAGAGAACAGAGCAAUGAAGGAUGAAGAAAAAAUGGAAAUUCAAGAAAUGCAACUCAAGGAAGCUAAACAUAUUGCAGAGGAAGCAGAUCGCAAAUAUGAGGAGGUGGCUCGUAAAUUGGUCAUUCUUGAAGGAGAGCUGGAGAGAGCAGAAGAGCGUGCCGAAGUGUCUGAACUUAAGUGCGGCGAUCUGGAAGAAGAAUUGAAAAAUGUGACUAACAACUUAAAAUCCUUGGAGGCUCAGUCUGAAAAGUACUCUGAAAAAGAAGACAAAUAUGAAGAGGAAAUCAAGGUCUUAACAGACAAGCUAAAAGAGGCGGAAACCCGGGCUGAGUUUGCAGAGAGAACAGUUGCCAAACUAGAAAAGAGUAUUGAUGAUCUUGAAGACAAGUUGGCUAAUGCCAAAGACGAAAAUAUGGGAAUGCAUCAAGUUCUGGACCAAACGCUACUUGAACUCAACAAUUUAUAAUCAAAAGUGAAGAAAAGCCUGCACAUCAUUCCUUCUUAAAGUAAUUAAUUCUCCCUUAUCAUGCCUUAACAUUCCAGGGGAAAACAGCAAUGAAUGCGACCAAAUAUUUUAUUUUUUAAGGAAACCAUUCACAAAUAUGAGCUUAAACCUCAUUGUGCCGUGCCUUUUUUUUAAUAUUUCUUUUUUUUAUGCUAAGGUCCCAUGUACAUUUUUACUAGAUUAGUUACAAAUGUCUUCAGUGUUUUUGUCUCUUAUGUUAUUCUGUUACAAGACCACAAAGUGUUGAAAUCUAUUACAGAAGUAUGGGAAGCCCAACAAAGAAAUCAAAACUAGCAAAAAGUGUUAUUUGUAACAAUGUUAUAAUGGGUAUUGUGAAAAUAUAAAUUCUUUAUUAAAUAUGGCACAUUUUGGAUACAA